GCAACAUGCUCAUGGGGGCACAGAAUCACCACCUACUGCACCAGGCUGUGAGGGAAGAGAUCGUCAGCAUUCACAAGGCAGAAGCCCUUUCAGGACCAUGGACAGUACAACUAUCCUCUUCAAGGUCCUCUGUGCCAGCCUGCUCAUUACCUGUCUGUGCCAAGGACAGCCAUCCAGGGAAGUGUCCUCAGAAGAUUUUGAUGUUAAAAAAUCCCCCUCUUCCUCUGAGAAAGAGCUGGUAGAGGCAAUGGAAGAACUUUUAGGAAAAUUCCAGGACAGAUAUCCUUUAUAUCAGAAGAGAGCUCAGAUUCCCCUGUGUGACAUUGGUGAAAGAUGUGCCGUGAAGCAAGGACCUAGAAUUGGCAAGCUGUGUGACUGCUCUCGCGGAGCAUCCUGUAACUCCUUCCUUUUGAAGUGUAUUUGAAGAAAACCAUAAUUUUCUGCUUCCAGAGCCCACACACCAUUUAGUAUCUGUCAUUAAGAGAUCUGCAGUCCCAGUGCUUGCCUAUAUGAAAGUCCUCUUUACUUUGAAAUAUGCCCACGUCACGUCUGUCCUACAGAGAUUUGUUAGGGAAGCUGUACACAAACAACUAAGAUAAAGACAUCUCCCUGAUUUAUUUAUUUUUUUGCAUUAUUUUAUUGAGUUUCAAAAAUAAAUGUUUUACUGCAAUUCCUA